AUGUUUACGUUCAUGGAUGCAGCCAGAGUGAAACCUGCUCUUUCCACCAACCCACCGAGUGAAGUUGAUCGGCUAAGCAGUUUGCCAGAUUGCUUGAUAUUUCAGAUAUUCUUAAAUCUUCCGACCAAAGAUGUGGUUCAAACUAGUGCGUUGUCAACCAGAUGGACAACUCUCUGGAAAGACGUACAUGGUCUGGAUUUGGACACCGAGGAUUUCAAUACACACGAAACAUUCGUGAGUUUUGUCGAUAACUUUCUUGAACGCAACCGUGGUUCGUCCAUACAUCUGUUUAAGGUAACGUACGAUUCUUCUUAUAAGCCUGAUAUUGUCAAUCGCUGGGUCGACACUGCUGUUAGGCUUAAAGUUGAACAUCUCGAUGUUUCGGACGAUUUACCUGCUCAGGAUAUCAUGAUGAAUCCAACAGUUUACACUUGUAGUAGCUUGGUGUCCCUAAGGAUCGUGGGAUUGAUCAUACCUAGUCUCGAGCGUGUUUCAUUACCUUCUCUCAAAGAUAUUGUUUUAAUCGUCGUUGAGUAUACCAAUCCAUGGGCAUUAGAGAAGUUAAUCUCACAAUGCCCAGUUCUUGAAAGCGUUAGUAUUGAUAGAAUUUACGGUGAUGGAAUGCCCAUUUUACGUGUGUGUUCCCAGUCUCUAUUGAGCUUCAUGCAUUAUUGGGAUAAGAAUGAUGAUUAUGAGAAAGAUCGUAUAGUUGAAAUUGAUGCUCCCAUGCUUAAGUGUCUGAGGAUCAGUGAUGGUGGAACUGCGAGUUUCAUUAUAAAGAAUCAGCCUUCCCUUGUAGAAGCUGAUAUAGAUACUGUGUUUAGUUUGACAACUGAAAGGUUGCUACAAGUUGCAAAUGAAAUACAAAAGAGAGAUAUGGUUCGUGAUUUUCUCGUUGGGAUCUCUAAGGUGAAAGAUCUGACCAUCGCCUCCUCUACUCUCGAGGUCAUAUAUGAUUACGCAAGAUAUGUACAACUACCGGUAUUUCGUAACAUAUAUACCUUGUGUGUCAGGUUCAACAGCUACAUGUGGGAGAUGUUGCCAGUCUUUCUUGAAGUCUGUCCAAAUCUAAAAACUCUUGUCGUGGGAACUACUGAAAAUCCCAAGAUGGUGGACCUUACUGUUAUUGCCAGGCCUUGGAAUCUGUUAUCAUCUCUAGAGCAUGUUGACAUAGAAAGGCCAUUGAAAGGGGAGGCGUUGGAGAUGGCACUAGUGGGUUACUUACUCGAGAACUCACCAAACCUCAAGAAACUAUCAUUAAGUUUGCAUGAUUCCCUAAAGAAAGGAAAAUCUGUCCACAAGCUAACAUUAAGCUUGGAUGAUGCCCCAAAGAAAGAAGAAUCUGACGUCUUCAUAGAACUCCUUAACUUUCCGAGACUCUCUAGCUCAUGCCAAAUUAUUGUACGAUGAUCCUCAUAGUCAUCACCAAUGGACAUAUAAGUUUGUCUUUGAUAACUAUUUGUUGCUUCUUAGUUUAUUAUGACAUUGGAGUGUUGAAGUUUGUAUGAUAAUUAUAGUAUUUAUCAUAUUUAUGACUCAAAUAAGUAUUUGAUUUAUCGUGGCUAAAGGCAUAUAUGCUUUGGAAUUUGUUUAGAUGGUUUUGUGCUUCCUUCUUUUGUCUUGCAUGGCUAUAUAUAAUUUUUUUUGUAUUAAACAAAACAAUUGGUACCUAUAUGAUAAACAAUUGUUUUAAAAACCACAAAAAACAUUUCUGGAAGCACAUUUUUACCUCCAAAAAUCACCUUUUUAUUAGUGGGAGUAAUAUCUGAUCAAGCUUCUGAUUACAUUUCAAUUCAUUAAGAAUAAGAAAAUGAAAAAAAAACAAGAAAAAAAUAAGAAGAAUCUUUUGUUUGAAAGACUCAAA